CGCCCCCCUAGGUUAUUCUCGGAGCGCGUUGCUUUCAUUGUGACGAGAGUGCAGCAGAUUAUACCGUACCAGUGAUGAUGAAUCUGGUUCGAAGUUGGAAAAUACACAUGAAGGUGGUGGAAGUGUGCCGCUAUUUUUGAGAAUUGAGACCAGACACGUGGCUGGUGCGUUGUACUCAAAAGUCAAGAAAUAUAAUAAUGUCCGACCCUGCCGGCUUUCCCUCGGUCGCCUCGGGGGACGCUAAUGCGGAAGAAGCUCGCACCUUGCGAGAGCUGGUGAGCAAGCUCACGGCCGCGAAUGAGUCGAUGACACAGGAUCGCGACCGCGAGGCGAAGAAGGCAAAACUGCUCGAACGCGAACUGCUGGCCCUCAGGGCUUCCACGGAACAGCUGCGGCAGUACCAGGGCAUGCAGAUCCAGCAGGACGAGCAGCUGGCGCAGCUCCUCCGCGAAAAGACCGAGGAGUGCGAGCAGUUGCGCCGUGAGCUAUCCUAUGUAAAAACGUACCCAUCCCAUAGUCAAGAUGGGGAAUCGGCUAGACAAAUCCACAAGCUUUGGCUGUUUCGGAUGACAAAUUCGGACGCGUAGUGUAGUGCUGUUUGAGCUAGUUCAGCAGCAUUACAGAUCUAGUCUCUCAUGCUGAUUGGAGCAUGACAAAUUUCAAAACACCAUUAGAAAAUGCUCCUCAUGGGGCUCCGCAUGAGAAACAUUUUAAGCAUGCAGAUUUGCAUGACAACUAUGGUGUGGGGACGUUUUUACACAGGAUAUGAGCUGCAAGAAAGUCGGGGCACGAGCGCGCAGCUGGACUUGCAGUUACGUGAGGCGCUGGCCCGCCUCCAGAUUGCGCAGCAAGAGCAGGCCGCCAUCAUGUCGCAAGGUAGAACUGGGUUCUUGCCCGCGAACGCUUAUCAGGAUCCGAGCCGACACGACCCGUUCGCCGGUGGGCAGCUGCCCAACACUGCGUCUACCUACGGCCCGUCUGCGACGAAAUUCGCCGACGCAACUGAGGACGAAAAGGAAGAGCAGGGCUACUUUGGCGACCUGGUGUUCUGGGCACUCGGCGAUCCUGCGCGGCGCUGAGUCAGCUCGCUGCUUAUCCGGGAGUAUUGUCGUCCGAUGGAUGUUGCUGAACGAGGGGAACGGAGUCCGAGUCGCUUCAUGGGUCAGCAGCACGUAGAAGUGUUUAUCUCUCCCCAGCUCGUGCUCGUUGUAUCCGCAGUUUCAUUUUCGUUUCCACCCUCUAGUUUCGUGCUACUGUUUGUGUCGUGCAGCUGCGUGCGGAUAGGAUGAUCAUGAUGUGUCAUUCGUAGAAAAUGCAGAAGCAAAAGCGAGAAAAAAUGUCACGAGCACAUAUCCAAAGGUUGCAAGCCAUGUAUCCAGUUGUCAAUAUGAAGCUCGGAGAUUAGAAACCUUUUUCAAUGCUUCGCUGUGGUUGCAAACUCGUGAUGAGUAGCAUGAAAGAAUACGGACAACCUGAGAAAUUUUUGCCGACGCUUUCGAU